CCGCUCCAUCGGCGCUUCGCCACUUUUCCCAAGUUCUAGGUCGUCACCAUGUCGGAGACCGCUCCUGCCGCCCCUGCCGCCGCGCCCCCCGCGGAGAAGACCCCGGUGAAGAAGAAGGCUGCGAAGAAGCCUGCGGGGGUUCGCCGCAAGGCGUCCGGGCCGCCGGUGUCCGAGCUCAUCACCAAGGCCGUGGCCGCCUCCAAGGAGCGCAGCGGCGUGUCCCUGGCCGCGCUCAAGAAGGCGCUGGCGGCCGCGGGCUACGACGUGGACAAGAACAACAGCCGCAUCAAGCUGGGUCUCAAGAGCCUGGUGAGCAAGGGCACCCUGGUGCAGACCAAGGGCACCGGCGCCUCGGGCUCCUUCAAGCUCAACAAGAAGGCGGCUUCCGGGGAGGCCAAGCCCAAAGCCAAGAAGGCGGGCGCGGCCAAGCCUAAGAAGGCUGCUGGGGCGGCCAAGAAGCCCAAGAAGGCCGUGGGGUCGGCUACCUCCAAGAGUGCCAAGAAGACCCCGAAGAAGGCGAAGAAGCCGGCGGCGGCUGUUGUGGCCAAGAAAGUGGCCAAGAGUCCAAAGAAAGCCAAGGCUACCAAGCCGAAGAAGGUCGGCAAGAGUUCAGCCAAAGCUGUGAAGCCUAAGGUCGCCAAGCCCAAGGUUUCCAAGGCCAAGAAGGCUGCCUCCAAAAAGAAGUAGGUUGUUGAACAGCUACUUCUAAAACCCAAAAAGGCUCUUUUCAGAGCCAC